UUCCUGUGUGUGAAGAGAAGUGAAGCUGCAGCAGAGCAAGAAAGCUUUUUAUUACCAGACUUGAUCUACGUCACAUGCACGCUGACUGGAAGAAGAAAUGAGUGUAUAGAGAAAUGAACAUUCCUGCUGCAAAGUUGAAAAUAAACACAAACCAUUUAGUUAGUAUUUGGUGACCCUCUAACUGCUCAAUUCUCUCAGGACAGCAGUGAAAACAGACAGGUUUACAGGAUCAAGGUGACUUUCCACAAGAAUGGUGUCUACUGUUAUAAAAAAAAGCCCGAAAGCACUGGGGACUGUCCAGAUAAUGAUCGGAGGUGUAAUAUUCUUCUUUGGUAUUGUUUUAAAGAAUGCUGUUAACGGUGUGACUGUCGACAGCCGUGUAACGUACUGGGGAUCUUUUUGCUUUAUCGGCUCUGGUGCUCUGUCGAUUAUUUCUGUGGACCUUUAUAAUCCCUCCGUGGUGAAAGCCGCACUGGUUAUGGAUGUAAUGAGUGUGGUGGCGGCAGUUGUGGCUGUCAUUGUGUUCUCCAUUGAUUUGGCGCCAACAUCUCUCAGAGCUACAUUUUGUAGACCAUGCUUUUAUGAACUGUCAAUGUAUUACUGUCAACUGCAUUUGAAAGAAAUAUUGGGAACAAUUCGUGUGCUCCUGGUUUUCAUUCUUCUCGAGGUGUUUGUCUCCAUCAUGAUGUUUGUACUGACCUGGAAAACCAGAAACUCCCCUGAAACCAUGUCUUUGACAAACAGUCGUCCGAUCAACAGUCCACCUGAGGAAAACCCCAACUCACCUUGAUUUAUCUUUGGAGCUUUUUUACAUGUUGUUUGGUACGCUAAAACUUUUAUGACAUGAAGAAAAGUUUGCUGAGGUACCAAAUUAAUCCUGACCUAGUGAUUUUACUAUGAUGUACUUUUUCCAUCAUCCGAUUUGAGACUGAAUAAUGAAUAAUCCUGUGUGUAUGCAUGUAAUCAAUUACAUAUCAGAUUGUAUUGUAUUUUUGAAUAAAACAAAUUAUA